AUGUUGGCCGAAAUUUUGAGGAUGCUGCUCGUCGUCUGUAUCGCCUCGUUGCUAAUGGUCUCCGCCCACCCGCAAGACGAAUGCAUGACGAGCGAGGACUGCUACCCCGGGCAAAUUUGCACGCUAGGGCUUGGGCAUAAUGUGUGCUACGACUACCCGUUGUACCUGCAGGGCCGAAGAAAGCGAUCAACGCCCGUGGAAGACCCCGUCGAAUGCGCCAAGGGAAAGUGCCCAGUCGCCGAGUGCAAAAGCCGGAUUUGCCGUGACAAGACGAACAAC